GUGUAUCGCCGCAAAUGUACAUGUACACGACCUUGUGCGUUUCGCAAGAGUUCUCACGUUGAGAUUUGGAACCUGUAAAAACACCAAUUUGCGUCCCUGCACCCGUGCACUUGCUUCGGAGCUCGUCGGGUACAUGACAGAGAAACAGAGCAGCACAGUCAAUUUUCGCGCCCUGAUCUUGUGCUUUCUAAUCCGAGUAAUCGGUGGAUCUUGUGUUAGUAUUCUCUGUUGUAGAGAAUACAAUGGGCUCCAGACUCUCCUUGAUCCAAGCGAACAGACGUGAUCGCAUCCUGAAGGAUGCCACCCGAAAAGAAGACAAUCGAAAUCCAGCCCCCAUGGAACGUCUUCUUUCCAUUCAAAUGGAGUCGUUGGGCCUGAUUGAGUUGGAAGAAAUUCGGAGGGCGAUGAAAGGCUGGCAAAGUGAGACAACAAUACUAGCUGUUAUCUCCUUUCGAGAAGACGGGUGGGUGGAGGAAGGCUUCGAAAUAAACCACACGAUCCUGGAUUAUGUUACCCUGAAGAACCGCGUUCAUAGGUUGAAGUCGCUAGUCGCAGGGGGUCAGGCCGCAAUGUAUGUGUUCCGCCAGCCCGGAGAUCAUUCCGAUGCGUCUCAUGCUACUAUCGCUAGUACUGCUUCUUCCGAUGUGGAUCUUGUAGCCGAUUACCCCAGACCUGGACCGAACGGGGAGAGCACCAUGGACGAGAUCCACCAACGUGGCCUUUAUGCCAUCUUUUACUACCCCGGUCAUGAGCCUCUAGCUGAAGGAAGUGGAUCUGACCAGACGCUUCCAACUGAGCCUCUAACGCGUGUGGUGAUCCAGCAGGUCAGCUUUGAUGGCCGGCAGUUCGAAUUGGAGAACAGAUUUCUGGGCCUGAGAUCGGUCGAGGGUUCCCAUGAGACUGCUUCUGGGGUGCAGAAUGGUGUGAUGUGGGAGCCGGCGAUGAUUACUGUUCCAGUAGCCUACAAUCAGGUGGCAUGCAAAGUCGCCCUUGACGACCCGACGCUCUACUGGAACACCCAAGCUGGCCAACUUGACGGCAGCUGGUUCAAGCUCCGCACAGCGCUCGACGCCCACAUCAUGCUCUGCCGUCCUAACCAACCUCAGUCGUUACUCACCCUGUGCAUGGAGAAAGAUGCAGACAAAUACUCGACGGACCUUCAACUGUAUCAAGAAUUUCCCGCAGAGAAUCAUACCUAAGGUUUUCAGUAUUUUUUCAGCACUUGAGAGCCUUUCCUGUGUGUGCUGCAAAUAUACCCUCAGCACUUUAUCAUCAUUCUCCUUGCCUAUCAGAGCUUAUCAUAACAGAAUGGGCCUCUGCGUAAAGCGUUGUAACGGUGUAUUAGUGCCCGCCAUCGAGUUGCUCGCAAGCUAUCCAUGUGGUAUAGUUCUGUGCUUUAAGGCUUCGUUCUGCCCAGGCGUGGGCCCAUAAAUGUUGUGAAUCUCAUUGGUCUUCGAAUUUGAUUUUUGACAUUGAGCUGUUCAUGUAUUCUUCAGCGGAAUUAGA